GAGAGUUGGUACAGCUAGGAACAUUAGAAAAUAUACAUAUUCUUUUCGUGCAGAUCCAAAAUUUCCUUUUUCAUGCUCAAGCUACCCCUCAACAAUAGCUUAAAUACCCAGAAACUCCCUUACUUGCUUCCGCCAUUUUAGAUCUGUUUUCAAAAUCCGUGUCCAAACUUCUGACUCCACUCUUGCUGCUAAGAACAGGGAAGUAAAUUCAGUCACUAAAUCAAUGGCUGUGAGAAAACCUGGUUUAAUUGCUUUGUUUGAUGUUGAUGGGACUCUCACAGCUCCAAGAAAGGUAGCCACCUCGAAGAUGAUAGAGUUCAUGCAGGAACUUCGGAAGGUUGUUACUGUUGGAGUUGUGGGUGGAUCUGACCUCUCUAAGAUAUCAGAGCAACUUGGCAACACAGUUACUAAUGAUUAUGAUUAUGUAUUCUCCGAGAAUGGGCUUGUGGCUCACAAAGACGGGAAACUUAUUGGCACCCAGAGCUUGAAGACAUUUCUUGGAGAUGAAAAGCUCAAGGAAUUUAUAAAUUUUACACUGCAUUAUAUUGCUGACUUGGAUAUUCCAAUAAAACGAGGAACAUUUAUAGAAUUUCGGAGUGGAAUGAUAAAUGUAUCACCAAUUGGGCGGAAUUGCAGCCAAGAAGAAAGGGAUGAUUUUGAAAAGUAUGACAAGGUCCACAACAUACGCCCGAAAAUGGUGUCUGUGCUACGGGAGAAAUUCGCUCACCUUAACCUGACAUUUUCAAUAGGCGGGCAGAUAAGCUUUGAUGUUUUUCCUGAAGGAUGGGAUAAAACAUACUGCUUGAGAUACCUUGAAGAGUUCAAUGAAAUUCACUUUUUUGGUGACAAAACUUACAAGGGAGGAAAUGAUCAUGAAAUUUAUGAAUCAGAGCGAACAGUGGGUCACACAGUUACCAGUCCUGAUGAUACAAUGGAGCAGUGUAAAGCUCUCUUCCUCGCAAACCACUGAGCCUGUGUCUAUUUUUUGUUUUCAGCUGUAUUCCAUUUGUAUUUUACACAUUAAGAAUAAGGUCCAAGUAGAAUUCCUUCUGUAAUUUGUAUUGUAUGAACAGGGAGAACUCGAUUGUAAUUUUUGAACCCUGCUUAUAAGAAAUACCCACGUAAUUUGACAA